GUCGGGCACUCACCACGACUUUGAGCCAUCCCCAUCUCCUGGUAUUCGAGAUCUUAAUUUCUAGUUCGACACUCUUUCGAGGUCGACAUCGUUUCUUCGUGUGCUUUAAAUACCGGUCUAGGAAACAACCCCACAUGCUAUCCUCACAGAUUCUGCAUUUUGUUGAGCCCGGUCCUUCUAAGACCGGGCGCCGACCCGGUCUUUGGGGGUCAUUGCCAUCUGGGUUGCGGGUCUCGGCCUAUGAGUUGCUCGUGGCUCAAACUCGAAAAUCAACAAUGAUGAUUAG